AUGUAUAUCAGGCGUAAAGAGGAUGGUUAUGUUUCUACGGAAUUUAUCAAGGGUGUUGAGAAGUUUGUUAAUUUUGCUAAGAGUCAACCAGAGUGGAUGGAUGGGAAUAAGAUUAAAUGUCCUUGUAAUAAACCAAAGUGUAGGAACACGGCUUUUCGUGACCAGGAUACCGUGACAAGUCACUUUCUCACCAAAGGUUUCGUACCGGGGUAUUAUGAGUGGACACUUCAUGGGGAAGUUAUUGCUAUGGUAGAUUCGGUCGAUGUGUCUUACUCAGCAUCAACACUUGAAGCAGAGUCAAGCAACUUAUUUGAGACUAUGGUAAUGGAUGCUGCCAUGCUUGAUUUCAAUCCGAAUAUGGAGGAGGAACCUCCAAAUCUGGAAGCUCAAGCAUUCUAUGGCAUGCUUAGUGCUGCAAAAAAAGAGUUAUAUCUUGGUUGUCAAAAGCAUAUUACUAAAAAACUGGUUCGAGGGUUGGGCCUUCCUGUUGAGAAAAUUGAUUGUUGUAGAAAUAACUGUAUGAUUUUUUGGGGUGAUGACAAUGAUUUAACAGUCUGCAAGUUUUGUCAUGAGAAUCGGUACAAGCAAGUUGAUCAAGCUGACAGUAGCAAACGACAAAAAACUUGUGUUCCUUAUAAGAAGAUGCAUUAUUUUCCUUUAACUCCUCGGCUUUUGAGAUUGUAUGCAUCCAAUUCAACAGCAGGAGAAAUGAGGUGGCACGCAGAUCAUGUGGUCGAAGAUGGCGUCAUGCGUCAUCCGUCGGAUUCCCCUGCGUGGAUUCAUUUUAACCAGACUCAUAAGGAAUUUGCUGCCGAGAAAAGGAAUGUCAGACUUGGUCUCUGUACUGAUGGGUUUCAGCCGUUUGAGUUGAAACAUUUGUGGGAUGUUGGUGUGCAUGCAUAUGAUAUCUCAUUGAAACAAAAUUUCCAACUGAGAGCGGCUUUGAUGUGGACCAUUAGUGAUUUUCCUGCAUAUUCAAUGCUCUCGGGGUAUAGCACGGCAGGAAAGCUAGCAUGUCCUUAUUGCACGAUUCACUCGGACAUAUUUUACUUGUCAAAGAGUCGAAAGAUUUCAUGGUUUGAUAACCAUCGAAAAUUCUUGCACCGAGAUCAUCCGUAUCGACGGAAUAGGUAUGGAUUUCACAAAAAUACUUUGGUAAAAAAAACACCACCUCCUAUACUGUCUGGACCUGAGAUACUUGCUUCCUUGGACGAGUUGGGUUUAGUGAAGGCGACACAACCCAAUGCUGCACAGACUAAUGCGGAUAACAGUCAUGGUAGUGGUUGGAAGAGUAUGAGCAUUUUUUGGGAUUUGCUUUAUUGGAAAACUCAACUUAUUCGACACAAUUUGGAUGUUAUGCAUAUAGAGAAAAACGUGUUCGAAAAUGUGUUCAAUACAGUGAUGAAUGUACCGGGCAAAACUAAGGACACAGUGAAGUCGAGAGAAGAGUUGAAUCAAUAUUGUCGCCGCAUUACUCAAUCAACUUUUACUCUGAACAAGAAAAAAAAAGCUGUCAUGUGUGCGUGGGUAAAAAAUUUAAAAUUUCCUGAUGGGUAUGUGUCGAACAUGGCUAGAUGUGUUGACACAAAGAAGCUUAAGUUGUUUAGGAUGAAAAGUCACGAUUGUCAUGUGUUCAUGCAAAGGUUGGUGCCCAUUGCAUUUCGAGAAUUACUACCGCAAAAAGUAUGGGAGGCAUUGACUGAGUUGAGUCUUUUCUUCAAAGAUUUGACAUCGACCACUAUUAAAAGUGAGCAUAUGAUGAAAUUAGAGAACGACAUCCCCAUCACUUUGUGUAAGUUGGAGCUCAUAUUCCCUCCAAGUUUCUUUGACUCUAUGGAGCAUCUUUCAGUCCAUUUGGCUUAUGAAGCAAGGAUAGCAGGUCCAGUUCAAUAUCGAUGGAUGUAUCCGUUUGAAAGAUACCUUGGAAAGUUGAAGAAAACAGUUAGAACUAAAGCUCGAGUGGAAGGCUCUAUUUCUAAUUCAUACGUUGUGGAAGAAGCGUCAUUGUUGUGUUCUCAUUACUUUAAGGACCAUGUUGUUACAAGGCAUACACGAGUGCCGCGCAACGAUGCUGGUGUUGUAAAUGAAGGGGAUGACCAGGAGGGGAAGUUAUCAAUUUUCAAGCAUUCUUAUCAACCAUUUGGAUGUAAAAAGUCACGAAUGUUAUUCGGUGAAGAAUAUGAUGUUGCACACAGAUAUAUUUUGAUGAAUUGUCCAGAAGUUGAACCGUAUCUGUAG